CCACGACAGGCUACACCCCGACAACACACGAUUAGGGUAUUGUGGUAAGUUUUUGAAUACAUACCAUAUUCAUUAACAUAUAUCGUGUCAUAUUAUUUACACGUGUUACAUUUUUAUGCAGAAGCAAGACGUUCACGAGAUGUAUCAGUUCUUAGCCGACCGCGCGAGUUAUGAAGACCGUCAAAAACGACUACGGCGAAUGGCCCUGGACGUAGGUGAUGAAGAGAUGCUCCACCGGGGCAUAUUCCAUUAUGAAGAUGAAGAUGAAGGUGGAAGUGACGAAGGGGAUGAUGCAGAUGAACAUGAAGGUGGGGGUGAGGACUCACAAUCGCCCCCUCAAUUCUCAACACAGGGUGUCUCAUUUGAUCAACCACCCCCUCAAUUCUCAACGCAUCAAGGUGUCUCAUUUGAUCAACCACCGCCGUAUUAUGAUUCUUAUCAGUGCUCCACACAAGCGGGUGAUUGUGUUGAGUCAUUUCUGAAUUCGUCGUUUUACUAUGGAGACACAAUGGGGCCUUGGAACACAGGCGGUGGGGACGGAGCAGGGCCGAGCACGCUACGUUAGAUGUAGUAUUAAAUUUAAUAUUGUAUGUACUGUCUAUUCAUUAAUAAAUUACAUUGAAAACUACAUUUGUUUUGUUCACUUCCAUUAAAAUUACAAAAAUUGCACUUAAAACAAAAUCAAAUUUGUAUCUCAUUUGACGAAUGGAUUAUAUCAAAAUUGCACUUAACAUUACAAAAUUUGCAAUUAAAACAAAAUUCACAAUACAAAUGGAUAAAAAAACAAUACGUAGUAUAAAGCAAUCAAAUGUUUUGUUACUCAAAAAAUCAAAAUGCUAAGUUUUCAUUUUAAAAAAUAUGUCAGGAAUCUAAAAAAAACUUUUAAAUUUGGAAUGGAUAGAAUUUAGCCCUAGAAUUUAAAACGUUUAGUUUUGAAAACUCAAAAUAAAAAACUUAAGAAUUCGGCAAAAAAAUAAAAGAUAAAAAAACUCCUAGUCGGAAGUGGCUAAUCCGACAGGAGGGAGGUUUUUUUUUGUUGGAAACCCUACCUCUAGUCGGAACUGGGUGUUCCGCCUCCCGUUUUUUGGUAAACCCUAAAAAAAUCCCCGUAUUUUGGCAAUCCCAACCCACUUUUCCCGUGUUUCGGUAAAUCACCCUAAAACAAAUUCCACGUCACGCUACAACCUACACCAAUCCACGAUUGUCGACCACAGAAUUACAAUACCCAAAACGUGGAUGUAAAAUACAAAAAAAUAAUUAGGUAAAAAAUAAAAACAGAAAAUCCCUAGAAGCAAAGAAGAACAACUGAGGAGGAUACCAUGAAAGCGUAGAUCAGGAUCAAGAACCCAAAAUGCAAAGCCCAAUUCCUCUUCAGCUUAUCAAAGUAGCUCUCCGGCGGUUGCUGGUAGUGUAUCUCACACUCCUCCGCCGCCGCGCCGCCGCCGCCGCUUAUCCGCAUCUUCAGCUGCCGCAGCCGCUCCGUCGCCUCACCCAGGGUCAGCUUGUGGCACCUCCUCUGGUACUUGAACCCGUUGAUGCACCGCAGGGUCUGGGCCACCGACACGUAGAAAAUGAGGUGGCCCAUCGAGAGAAGCCCAAUCGGAACCCAGCAGUGCCUGCACUGCAGUCGGGACGACUGGGCCUGGCCCAGGACGACCAGCGCCAGGAAUAUGAAGAAGAGCUGGAACAUUUUCCAUAGCUCCUUCUUCUGGAGAUCGACGGCCCGUUUCUUCUCGAGGGUCUUCUCGAAGUGGAGCUGGAUGACGGUGCUUAGCGCCUGCAGGACCUCUGCUUCGCGGUGGAUUAGGGUCUGAUGGGCUGCGGUCGCUGCCUCGUAGUCCGCCAUUAAUGGAUGGAGCUUCUCCGACUUUGUUUUUUGAUUUUACCGGUUUCACAUUUGUUCUUUUGUUGGGCCGUUGGUCAUCUGAAAGUGUAAUUUAA